AUCAUCCUCGACACCCCGCCCUCGACCAUACCAGUACUUUAGUCCAACUGCCUGAUCAACUGAGCUUGAGUUGCACCGCAAGUAAUAAGGUGCAACAUCCUCGGUGCAACAUCCUCGGAAAUAGUCAAUCGAGUAGGACUCGGCAACUAUCGGCAUUCGUCGCCUCAGUAAAUUCGCGACGAAACGCCCACCUCUCACUCAAGCGCCCACCACCCUGGUGGAAGAAACGACCUCCCUCUCACGCUGUCGUCCACUAUCUGUUGCCUGGCCAUCUCAUCACCACUUACUCUAGCUUCCCUCUGCUUACUCGCCCAGGCAUGAACUCAGACAUCCAUCUGCGCACUAUCUCGCGCGCUUCCACUCGCCCAGACACGGCCACCAUCGCAGAGCCGCCUGCCGUUCAUGUCGCUGACCUGCGACGAAUCUGUACCACUAGUACGGAUGGGACCGCGCCUCUCCCGCUGGCCAACACCCUUUCCCCCGUCUCGCCGUUGCCCACCCACGCACACGGCCGUGAUACAAAGGUUGAUCUGCCCUCCGGAGACGCUUCCGGCGUGGAAGACAGUGAAUCACUUCCCGCCAUUCCUGCUACUCCGGCCCCAGACACGGAUGUGUUCGCCUCCCUUCCGCCCGUUGACGGGGGACGACAGGCAUGGACAUUCCUCGUCGCCGCCACCGUCAUGGAGACGAUUGUGUGGGGUCUCCCCUACAGUGUGGGCGUACUACACGCGUACUGGGUCCACGAGCUGUUCCCGGGACAGACAAGCACGAUCACUCUGGCCGCGACUCUGAUGAACGGACUGCUGCUUGUUGCGGCAGGCUUGUUCGCCCCCGUCCUCGCCUUCUUCAGCUACCACACUGUGUAUAUCCAGCUCGUGGGCCUCGCGGCUGGAACAGCAGCCUUGGUGUGCAGUGCGUUUGUUUCUCGUGCAUGGCACCUGAUCGUUACACUGGGCUUCCUCUACCCUUUGUCGAUGUUGAUGUGGCUCCCUUGUGCGACAUACCUCUACGAGUGGUUCCAUGCGCGGCGGGGACUGGCCUUCGGCAUCCUCUGCGCGGGCGCAGCUGUGGGCGGGACUGUGUUCCCGCUCAUGGGCGAGGCGCUCCUAAAGCAAAUCGGGUACCGGGGCACAAUGUACACGCUAGGAGGAAUGUUCGGUGGCGCCAACGCCGUCGCCAUGUGCUUUGUGAAGCGCCGCAUCCCACUCCCCUCGCGGCGCAGUGUGGGGGGAAAGCCCGCGGCGUGGCCGAAGCUCGACUAUGACUUCCUUCGCCACCGCGCAGUGUACAUUAUGGGUGGUUGGGUGCUGCUGUCGGCCAUGGCGUCCUUCCUGCCCUCGCUGUGGAUGCCCGUCUUUGCCUCCGAGGUCGGGGCGAUGAACGGCAACUCCCUCGUCGCCAUCAUGUACGCGUGCAGCGUCGUCGGAAACAUCGUCACAGGCUGGCUCGUCGACAGGUACCAGCCGCGCGUGGUUGUCGCGUGCGCGUGCGCGACGGCCGCUCUGGCCGCAUGGCUGUUGUGGGGCUUUGGCACUAGUAACGGGCUGUUGGUGACGUUCUGUGUCGUUUGGGGAUUUACCGCACUUUGCUCCGCCUCGGCUUGGGGAAAGAUGAUCCACCACAUCGCCAAGGACGAUCACACGCUUCCGGGGCUUCUCACAAGCCUCAUGAUCAUGCUUCGCGGAGUCGGCAACUUUGUCUCGGGCCCGCUGUCGACGGCCUUGAUGAGCCAGGGCUCGCUCAAAGGCGCAGUUGGCGCCUACAAGACCAACUAUGGAGCCAUGCUCGUCUUCACCGGAGCCGUGACAUUUGUCGGCGGGAUGACAGGCAUCGGCUUCCCCAAGGUGAGGGGAGCGUGAUAGCCCUUCCAUCGUAACAGUGGUAGCGCGAUCCCCUGAUAUGGUGGCGCGUCUUUUUGUAUUUGGGUGUGCUAGACCUUGUAUGAGGUGUCUGCGUGAGAUGGCCAUGUGAACAUGCUCUUACCGCACGGCUAUCCGAGCGAAGAUGUAUGAAAUCAUCUCGA